GUUUAUGUCGGUAACCAAAUUGAUUCUUAUUUUUCUUGUAGAAGUAAUUCAGAACCAGAAGAAUUAAAUCUUCCUGAAGAUGAUCACGCCUUUAAAAGCCAAUACUUUAACUCUUCCAAUCACAUCAAAAUAUUAACACACGGUUGGUUAUCGAGUGGAAAAACAGGAUGGCUCCUGAAAAUAAAAGAUGCGUUCAUAAGAACACACGAUUUCAACGUCAUUAUCGUAGACUGGAGUGAAUUAGCAAAGAACCCAGCUUAUCCAUGGUCAGCUUUUAGUACCAGAUAUGUUGGCAAGAAAACAGCAAAAAUGAUAGAUGCAAUAGCAAGCGCAUAUCAAAUAGAUGGCAAAUAUAUGCACCUGAUAGGGCACAGUUUAGGGUCUCACGUUAUGGGAUACUCAUCACUGUUUUCACAUCAAAGAAUUCACAGAAUUACAGGUAGUCUGGACCCCGCACGCCCUCUCUUUGAACUGCCGUUAAUGAAUAAAAAUUGUCGUUUGGACAAAAGUGAUGCAGAAUUUGUUGACAUAAUUCACUCGUGCGCCGGACUCUAUGGGUAUAAGAGAAGUCAUGGGCACGCCGAUUUUUACCCCAACAACGGCAAAGCCAAACAACCAGGUUGUGACGGACUGCAGCAGGUUAUAGGUAGUGAUCAUAUUUAUUUGAAAUACAUGCUCAGCGCAAAUAAUUCUGCGCUUCGUUACUAUUCAUGAUGUCCUCUUGUCUAUUGUUGUUUCCACUUACAACGGCAUAUCAUAUACAUCUAUGUUUAAAUUUUUAUACUCUUGCAGAAGGCUGC